GGUGCUUCUUCUUUCGCAAGGUAAUCCGCACACUCUCUCCCUCACCCUCGGCUUCCUCAUCCCCAUUUCAUUUACUCUCACCAUUGUACUCUCUCUUUCUCUCCGUCACACUGUGUCACCCUCAUCGAGCACCCGUUCGUCCUACGCGCGCCCUUCCAUCGUUCGCCGGUCACGUGAGAUCCGGAAGAAAAAGACCGGCCGCUUGCGGAAGCGCUCGAGAGAGGUCAGGGGAGAAGAAGACUCGCCGAUCGUCUUCGGGGUGCUAACUCGGCAGGACAACUCGCGCACGCAUGGAUCCGCCGCGACGGGGUGGCGCGGCACGCGCGACGGCGGCGUUCACCCGGCAGGGUGAUACAGAGAGACGGAAAGAGAAGACGGACCGGCGGUGGUGGGCCGGCAAGAAGGGCGACGAGCUCCAGGAGCCGGCAGCAAGCGAAAGGGGCUGCAAAUCGGCCGCGGCGGCGUGGAUGUCCUUACUGUCGUUCUGCGAGCGGAUGAGCGGCUUUGCCGCGUGGUUCGUCCUAUGGCUCGCCCCAUGCACCGGGGAGGGCGGGGGGGAAGUGACAGACAUAAGCGCAAGUCCUGGGAGGCAGGCACCUGCCAACCAGUUGCGCCCCAAGGAACCACCCCCCAUGGUCAUUCAAGGAGACUUCAGGAAGUGGAAGGACCUACCAUUGCAGGUGAGCGGGAUCAGUACAGAGAUCUUCAAGCAGAUCGAGACUGUCGAAAACGAUCAUGACGCUUCGACAGCGGCGGCCCUCGAAGCUGUCGAGCGGAGAGGCGAGAUGGUUGUGCGUGUCAUUGAGCCUCGGCAAAUGGGUAGACAGGCUUCCGAGGCGGCGAAAAAAUUUAUCGCCAUGCAGGAUCCCAAGCACCCUAUCCACUUCGUCGAGAUAAUCAAACGACCAGGACAGACUCUCGGCCUCUACAUACGCGAGGGCAACGGCGUCGACAGGAACGACGGAGUCUUUAUCUCGAGGAUAGCCUUGGAGACCGCCGUCUACAACAGUGGCUGCUUGAAGGUGGGCGACGAGAUCCUGGCGGUCAACCUGGUGGACGUGACGCACAUGAGCCUGGACGAUGUUGUGAUCAUCAUGUCAAUACCAAGGCGACUCGUUUUGGCUACCAGACAUGGCCCGCAUCAACCGGUUUCGCACAGUCGCCAAACAGAGCACAAGGCGCCGCCUGUGGUAGUCAUCAAAAGGGAAUUGAACGAGGACGAGAGUGACCACGCGACGAGUAACCACGUCAGAUAUUCGGCCUCAGAUAGCAGUCGUCGACGAGGCGACGGGCGCGAGAUGCUGCCGUCGCGAUCGCGACUCGGUCUCACCGGUUUGGGGUCAAGCCAGGAUCUCGGAUCGAGCAACGGUGAUCUGUAUUACAAUUCGCGGCCGGAGGGUCACUGGUCCUAUCAGCCGCCGCCGCCGCCGGUUAUCACGCACCAGCCGAAACCUUCGGCGACGCAGCACUUUCAACCGUACGAACGCGGUUACCCGAAGACGCUGGAGAGCUUAGCCGAGAAAGAUUUCACAAAGGUACACCCCUUCUACACGGGGCCCGUGAUGCCCUCGAACGGCGGUCGGCGUAUGUCGACCGGUGGCGGAAUGCAAUCAGUCGGCGGCAGGUUGUCAGGCCAAACCCAGUCGACCCAUUACGGCUACGGCCAGCAUACCGGAAGCGGAAGGAUCAUGCCGAGAAGUGGUUCCGACCAGCAUCUACCCCGAGUCGAUUACACGAGUAUCACGACGCCGGCGCGACAUACCCUUCUUAGAUCCAGCUUGAAAUCAGGUACAUCAGCAUUGCGUUACACAAGGUACGGUGGCCAGACGGACGUAACAUCCGCCGCGCAGAGGCAGGGUCAAUUCGGUACUCUGACGAGGCGACAUCGGCCUUCAUUGGACUACGCCUCUGACACCGAGGCCACGUGCUCCAGCUCGCCAAAAUCAGCGUAUUACUACUAUAGGCACAACAUGAACAAUCCACCUCAAAGUAGCGCCGUAUCGCACUUAGCUACCCUUUCGAGAUCACAAAUCGGUCAGAGUUCCUCGGGUUUAAGGUCAAACUCGCUACCACGAAGCGGUCGGACGUUGCCGCAGCAGCCUGGUCUCAGGUCGGGCCUCAGCACGGUCGCGUCGGGCCUGAUCGAUCAAGAGGACAGCGACGGUGCUCUGUCGGCGCCAGAAUUGCCUUCCAUCAGACGAGAUAGAGGCAGGAUACCAUCCUCGCCGAGCGUAUUCACGUCUGACGAGUACCGCGCCUGGCUGAGCCGCACGCCGAGCACCAGCGCCCUAUACGAGCAGAUCAGGGCGACCACAAGUAGACCACCCCGUUACACAUACAGCGCCGAGAACAUUCACGCAGCCGUCAAUCAGGGAGACUAUGGCAGUUACGGUGCGUACAGACCGCUCUCGAGUACGCUCGAUCGCCUGUCAACGAGAUCGGCGUCGGCCCAACAGGUGAAUCUCGCGAAUCUGAGAGCGUCGACAGCGAUCAGCUCGACGUGCCAUCGCGGAGCAACGAAUCCAAGGCCAGCGUCGGUAGCGUCGAGCGCGCGCUCGUCGCUCGCGACCCAGAAACCAUCAUUAAGCAGCUCCGCGAGCCAACGUGCAACCUCAGUCAGAAGAAUUAGGAAUCUGCUGGACUUGGAGUCCACAAGGAGCAUACCUACUCCAACGCCUACCAGAACUCAGGAUCAAAGACUGCUAGAUAUUAAUCCUGCAGAGUUCCUCAAGUAUAAAAUAGAGAAACCGCCAACUGUAGGCACUCCGAGUUCGACAAGCUCACUCUUGAGUUCACUCGGGGAGACCAGUGGUGGCGAUUUGGCAGGUGGGGUCAGCGGAUUAUUGUGGGUCCAUCUUUUAGCGGGACGCGGCCUCCGAUCGACUACGACCUCAUCGGCUGCCACUACACCUUCCACUCCUUCAGGUCAACCAAAUUUAGCUAGUUGUGGCUUGAGAGACUUGUAUUGCGUACUGGAGUGCGACAGGGUACAUAAAGCGCGCACGGUGGUACGAACCGGCGACUUGAUGUUCGACUGGGACGAAACCUUCGAGCUGGAUCUCGUAGGCAAUCGGCAGCUGGAUCUGCUCGUUUAUUCUUGGGACCCACAGUACAGGCAUAAACUCUGUUACAAGGGAUCGGUGCAUUUGGCGACUCUACUGAAAGAGUCACCGGUGCAUCAACUGGCCGUCAAAGUCGAACCACGUGGCACAAUCUACUUAAGACUGCGAUACACCGACGCCCAACAAACUUUCCGUCGAAGGGGUUUACCGGUCAUAUCCUUAGCUACGAGAGUAGCGCCACUCUUCGGCGUUGAUCUGGAUACAGUAGUAAGUCGAGAGACCAAAACUGGCGGAGUUCCUGGCGGAGUUUCCACAGCUCUGGCGAUGGGAGUGCCGAACGUUCCGAUAAUCGUGUGGCGCUGCGUCGAGGAGGUGGAAAGAAGAGGCCUCGAUAUCAUCGGUUUGUACAGACUCUGCGGUUCGGCGACUAAGAAGAGGAUACUUAGGGAAGCUUUCGAGAGGAACGCGCGCUCGGUGAAUUUAUCACCCGACAACGUGCCGGAUAUUAAUGUCAUCACUGGCGUGCUGAAGGAUUAUCUACGAGAACUUCCAGAACCUCUCUUCACGAAGUGCCUCUACCAAAUGAUGGUCGACGCACUGGCCGUCUGUUUGCCGGACGAUCCGCAGGGCAACGCUAAGCUUAUGUUCAGUAUACUAGAUUGUCUGCCUAAAGUUAAUAGGUGCACGUUGAUCUACUUGCUAGAUCAUCUGGCGAUGGUAGUGUCACAGUGCAAUAAGAUGUCACCGGCGAGCCUCGCCGUCUGUUUCGGCCCGGUGUUGAUGUUACACUCGGAAGAAGCCGGACCUCCGCUGGAUUUCCAACAACCAAUCGCUGUAUUGAAGUAUUUGCUGGAGAUAUGGCCAGUAAAGUCAGUUCGGAAGACUUCUUCAGUCGGUUCAACGCUUCCUCGAGUUACGCCAGUAGUCGAGCGCAGCAGCAGUCAGCAACAUCUGCAACAAAUGCAGCAGCAAGUACAGCAGGUGCAACUGCAGGGAACAUUGGGACGCACAGGGCUGCCUUGGCAGCAGCCACCCUCACUUCAUCAUCAACCCCAAACUACGGUAGCCGCAGUCCUCGGUCCCUCCACUCGUCCGGCACCACCGGUCAAGCCUCGACAGGUGAUAGUCUCGUCUCCCGGUUCACCUAGCAGCGAGGAAUCGGAGGCCUCACCGGAGCCAAUUAACAAGAGUCUCUUGGGGGGUCUGGGAUUCGAGAAGAGCGACGACACAACGACGACGACAAUGACGACGACGACGACGAGCGUGUCGAGCGGCAUCAGCAUCGGCGUCGGCGGUAGCGCCGGUAUUGAGCAAGUGACGCCGACGAGUAGCGUCGACACCGAAGAGGGCAAUCCCCAGCACCCUGAAGAAGGCGAGAAGGGCGUCGAGGGCGACGUCGAGGCGAGCGACGACGACCGACACCAGCAUGUGCCCAAGACACAUUAGCCAAACGGAAUAGCCGCAAGGAUGUCGACUGUUCCUUGGUAAAACAAAAAUGAACAAACGAACGUACGUCGGAGACUGAGGACUGCUUCGUGAUCUUGCAUGUAAGCCAUCGCUCAUGCAGACGGAGAACCAAACUCAAUCGCGCAAAGCAGCGUAGUAGAUAAUUUCCGUAGGACCGAAUUUUAGGGCUCAAUCGUUUUAGUUUCCAAAUGUGUUUGUGGCAAGGAAAGCAUUCGAAAGCGAUCUGAGCGAGAUUCUUCGCGGUUUGCGUUGUUGAUACUCGAGUAGAGAUGGUUGUUGAGCAUUUCUAGCGAGAAUUAGGAUCGAUUAUGAUUCUGAAGGAGUGCGUUAGUCAUGCUUGCUUGCGCGGGGAUUUGUUAAAGUUUAAAGAAAGAGAAGAGAGGAAACAGAGCUCGAAAGAUGCUCUAAGCACGAUCAGUGUUACCAGAUUGCAGUGGCACAGAGGAUUUCCCGAAAAGCUAUUAUGAGUAGCGAAAUGAAAAUCAACGCUGGCGAAUUUUUUCCUCGAGCCUUACAUUCAUCAAAUUCUGAUUGAAGUUGGCUUCUGGGAGACACUUUCACGAGUUGAAUGUUGCAUACAAUUACGUCAAAUGGUAGCAGUAUCGGUAUGAUCUCGAGCAGCCGAGAUGUUGUUCUGCACUCAUCGCAGAAGAGCAAAUCCGGAUUCGAAAAAGACACGAAUGUCCUUUCCAUAACCGGUUGACAUGAACAAACACUAUAAUUUUGAAAAUACAGUUUCUACCAGGCUGAAAAGUCGAUGCUGGAGAGAGAGAGAGAGAGAGAGAGAGAGAGAGAGAGAGAGAGAGAAAGAGAGAAAGAGAGAAAGAGAGAAAGAGAGACAACCGAAGCAACCGAACACGUUCAGUCCUUCACACGUCGCGAGAGCUUCUCCGAGUACUAGUUUCGGUCUGUCCAUCGAAGAACAAACACGGUCCCAAACGCCUAUCUUGUGCACAACCAAAAGUAAAAGUCGUCCUCUUUCAGGAGUUGCUAUAUAGACGAGAAAAAAGGGAAAGAAGAAAGGGGAGAGUAGGGAUGGACGAGAUGCUUCCGCAUCGUCGCGAUCUUCGCCGUCAGAUUCACUGUCGUCAUCAAUAUGACCCACACGGCACACAGAACACACAGAACGCGGGCGCCAGCACGCAGCGAACCAGUCAACGAGGAGGAGGCGGCGCACGUGACAUACAUAAUAAUCAGUUUAUAUAUGCGAUAUACUAUAUAUACAUAUUAUAUAUACAUACGUAGACUAGUCACGAUAUUACGUGUGCUUUUGAUAAAAAAACUAUUACUUGUAGCGUCAAUAGCUAGCCCUCGUAUACAGGAAGAAGCUGGAGUUACAUGAAUAACAAACAAACAAACAAACAAAUUGACAAACAAACAAAAACUGACAAACUAACAAACUUAACUAGACGAUAUACAUAAUAUAUAUAUAUAUAUAAAGAUGCGUAUACAUAUGUCGGGGAGAUGCGAAGACACGACGGUCGGCGUUUCCGCGUGUCGACAAUAGGAACGCGUGUAAGGCGCAAUCGCUCGGAUAUGUCGCGCCGCAGGUAUUGAUACAGUGUCGGCUGGCCGAUCUACUGACCGACUGCUCUAUCAAUACUGACCGGACAAUCGAUUGCCCGAGAUUGGGUCACGGGAACGGUUGGGGAGACGUGGCUGCUGCGCGGGAGGAAUUCACCGAAAACGAUAAUAAUUACGAGUAAAGAGAGAAAUGCUAUGAUUAAUUAACUAUACUUUUAAAGAAAAAGCAGAGAGAGAAAGAGAGAGAGAGAGAGAGAGAGAGAGAGAGAGAGAGAGAGAGAGGGAAACGUAAAACGAGUAAAAAAAUAGAGAGCCAGUAUUAUUAUACGUCUAAACUUGUAAAAUGACGAUCGCGAAAGAGAGAAAGAGAAUGCGAGCGAAUGAGUGAGUGAAUGAGUGAGUGAGAGCGGGAGAGAAAACGAAUGUGCGAAUUGUCUAAAGUAAAUUAACGAAAUUAAGAAAGACGAAAUAAAGGGAGGGAAGGUGAGAGGAAAAACGUUUUUUUUUUGGACGGCCGUCGUUGAGAAGAAUCGUGCGACGACGACUUACGCACCACGAUCCGGAACGAAGCCGCGAGCGAGCGCGAUAUCAUCAUCGCCAUAAUCAUCGCUGUAAUAACUAUCGCGCUGUCGCCGUUUUUAUCAUCGCUACUCGAUCUCGUUUGCGACUUCGUUCGGCGAUCAGAGUGAAUGAAGAAAGGAAAAGAAAACGUCAGAAAGAAGGCACUGUAAUUUGUAUAAACACGCAGGUAUAAAUAUAUAGAUACACAUCUGUAAAUCUCUUCUUUUCGCACAGUUAGCGUCACUAAGACGCGAGGUACUUAAAGGUUAUUUUGAGCAAACGAUAGGUCGCGUGGUUGAAAAGAAAGGAGGAGGAAUAGGAGGAAGAGAAGGGGGAAGUGAUGUUUUCAUUGUGCUAUCUGCGCGAAACAGAGACUUAUUGUAUAGCAGUGUGCACAUACACACAUGCAUAGAAAUAAAUACAUAUACGUACAUAAAUAUAUAUACAUAUAUAUAUAUAUAUAUAUAUAUAUAUAUAUAUAUAUAUAUAUAUAUAUAUAUAUAUAUAUAUAUAUAUAUAUAUAUAUAUGUAUGUAUGUAUGUACGUAUAUAUAAAUGCAUAUGUAUAUAUACACACACACACACACACAUUAUAACGAAUCACCAUACGCAAUACUCUACAUUUUACUCCAAAACCGUGUGACUGUCAUUCGAUGUGCGUACGCAGCGAGCGAACGCCGGGUACCGGAGUGCUUCUCUUUCGGUUUUGCUCCGUUUACGCAGGUGGAUUCUCCCAGUUGAUCAAAAAAGAAACGGGAAAUUGAUAGAAUUCGCAAAAACAGGACAUUCGCCAUUUCGUUAAUUCUUCGAAACUCUGAAUUUCUGAUCGAACCGCUCGGGCUAGAGUCGUGCUUGCGAAAACGUAAUUUUAAUGUUACAUGAAAGCAGAAAGACCACAAGACUCCCGUAAAAGUCGAAAAAUAUUUGAACGGUAUAUUUAAAAUUCGAAGCGUGAAGAAUACUCAUUGUUUUUAGGACGUUAUUUUUCAGCCCGCCUCUUAUAUUGAACUUCUGGAUUACGCGGAUUCUGCUCUAAUAACACUGGUUUAUAAAAAGAAAGAAACCAUUUCUUGUCACAUGGGUCAAAUUGUGACUUUUUUAUACUUAAUUAGAUAUUAUUUUUUUAUGUUUAAUUAAAAAAUGUAAACAUUUUUUUAUUAUCCAGAGUUUCCCAUUCUGGUCAUUCUUAAAUUUCAAGAGAAUUAAUUUUCUUUGUAUAUACAGAUAUUAUCUAAUUUAAAAUAUAGAGACUAGUGAUUUUCUGUCGUAUUUAUGUCUCGUAUUUAAGAAUAAAGAAAGAAUUGUAUCAAUUUUUACUUUUAAUAUUAUGCACCUAAUUAGAGAAAAGUUGCGUAAAAUAAGAAAAAUCCUUAAUCUUAAUAAAUUUUCAUAGACACAUGUAUUGCUUAAAUAAUGAAACUAUUUGUGGAAAGAACACUAAGAAAGAGGGAUAGAGAGAGAGAGAGAGAGGGAGAGAGAGAGAGAGGGAGAGAGAGAGAGAG